AUGAUACCUUUAAAUUAUUUUUUAAAAAUAUUCUCGUUAAACUUAUGGGGCCCUGUGCAGUUAAGCAAAAUAUCUCAAUUUAUUUUUAUUUUACCCGCCAUAAUGCUUGGCUGCUUAGUGGUUACAGCACUCUAUUUAAAAAUUACGUAUUUCUAUCAUGGUCAAUUGGUAUCUAUAAAGUACACCGACGCGGUUGAAAUGUUUUUCGAUUUCUUUUUAUAUUGCGUCGAUUUGAUUUCUGUUCAUAAAUACAGGCUGAAUACUAAACAAUACUUAUAUAAUUACCAAAAGAUUGACGAAAUACUUGGCAUGAAGUGCUGUCUGCUUGUAAAGAAUAGAUUAGUUAGACUUAUUGUUGUUUUUUUUUUGGUCUGGGCAAUUAGUUCUGUGUGUGACUACGCCGGAUGGACUUUGGCUGCCGGCUGGUUAAGUGCGACAGUUUUUUCUCUAUCAUACGUGUUCUUUCUGAUAAAAAUCCUUACGAGCCUCGACUUAACAUCCCAGAUUAUGCAGAUAGAAUAUCGUCUUAGCACCAUUGCUGAUAUUGUGAGUGUCAGUUUCACUUCCCAAAAUAGUCUUGCAAAUAUUGAAAGUAAAGUAAAGUGUUUCGUUAAAUGCUAUUUAAUGCUGUUGGAUCAAACUAGCUUUGUCAACCAGGUUUAUGGAAAACGGGUGAGAUUUUUUUAA